UCCAGUUUAAUGUCGAAGUCGAAGAUGGGUAGUUCCCACCACAGUUUCUGCCAUCUUCAUCCGACAAACUCUUUAGCAUUCUCCGGCAAAUUCUGUCACGUACUCCGACAACCCAACCUUCCCCACCCAAGAGAAACAUUUCAUCCGCUGAGAUGUUCGACUGGAACUUUCCUUUCGUUUUCGGCGGAGCAGUUUCUAGCGCAGGCUAUGCGGUCAUUGAAACUGGGGGAGACAAAUGUGCUUUUGAGAACAAGAAAUGGAGUCAGACAGCGAAACUCGUUGAAGAGAAACAUUGAUACACAGUUCCACAACUUGUCUGAAAAGAGGAGAAGGAGCAAGAUCAACGAGAAAAUGAAAGCUUUGCAGAAAAUGAAAGCUUUGCAGAAGCGGAUACUCAAUUCCAACAAUUGUAGACAGAUAAAGUCUCCAUGCUUUGAUGAAGCAAUAGAAUAUCUGAAGCUGCUUCAACUUCAAGUGCAGCAGACUUUAGCCGUUAUGAAUGGUCUAGGCCUAAACCCUCAGCGACUACCACCAGUUCUACCGCCUACGCAGACAAGGAUCAAUGGAACCUUAGAACAAGACCUCAACUUUGGGACUCUGCUUGGUGCUUCUCACUCGCUGGUUAACCGUGAACCACCCGAAUCAACUCAGGAAAUGUGCUUUUCCACAGACACUCUGCUUUGAAGACAACAUUCAGACGUGAAGAUGAUUCGAAGUCAAGAUCUCCUCUGAGUACCGUAUACCACAAAUGG